AUGACAUUCGUAAACAUCAACCGUAAAGCCAUUCUGAUUCCAUCAAUGAUGAUUUUCACGUACUAUGUCGUAAGGAUGUUUACUCCUGCUGCUCCGCCACCGGACCCACCCGACCUUAACUUCACAAUCAACUUUUCAUAUCCCCUAGAUACUGACAUGGAGAGACUGGUCUCGGACUAUCGGAAGGGUUACAUAAUCAAUGAGGAGAUCGUCAACCCUUUUCCAUAUGAGUUCAUAAAGAAUCCUUCGAACAAAUGCACGCUCACUGAGGCAGAGGUUAAAGUUCAAAACAUGGUUUUCAUACUGUUUAUGGUCAAAUCGGCUUAUGAAAACCAUGAACUUCGAAACGUCAUUCGUCAAACAUGGGGAAAUGAGAAGUACCUAACACAUUUUAACAUCAAAACUGUGUUCACAGUGGGAGUUCCGAAGGACAGGAGUAAAUUUAACCUGAUAAAAAACGAAAGUGAUCAAAUGAAAGACAUAGUCCAAGUCGACCAUAUCGAUACAUAUUAUAACAAUACAAUAAAAAUGAUGGCAGAGUUCAACUGGGUUGUCAAGUUUUGUCGAAAUGCCAGAUAUGUUAUACUGAUAGACGAUGAUUAUUUCGUAUCACCUGAAGCUUUGGUGACCAUGUUGGAACAUUCCUCGGAAGUGAGAAAUACAAAGCGCCUGUACAUGGGAAACAAAAAAACACAAUCGAAACCACGUCGAGACAAGCGAAGUAAAUGGCAUGUGCCAUAUUCCGAAUAUCCGUAUGACAUUUAUCCGGAUUUUAUAAACGCUGGAACCAUCAUAAUGUCCAUGGACUUUGUUAUCGACGCUCAGAUCGCAAUGAUGUAUACGAAAUUGUUUCGACUAGACGAUAUAUUUCUUUCCAUUGUGGCACGGAAGUUGAACGUGCCUGCCUUAGGGACUGAACGCGUGUUUAGCAUAAGUGUCAUGCCAUGGGAUCGUCUAAAUUUUGAAUUCCUCGUCACCGCUCAUCAUUACAAAGUUCCUGAUUUACAGUGGCUCUGGAGACGACAUGGCCGCCGGAGAAAUUCAAACAUUCGACCAAGAUAUACUGGCUCUAACACCUAG